ACAAGAAUAACCCGUCCUUUUUAUACAUAGUUCUCCACAGUCAACAGAACCGGUGAGUUCGGAGCCCAAAUGCCUCGUUUUCCGGUGAGUCUCGUUCUGGUGGCAGUGGUGGCUUUGGUGGCCCUCGGAAUAUCAACGAAGGGAGCCGAAGCCUCCAAUUCAGCCUCCGCCUUCGUUCAGAACAUCAUUUACUCCAAUAAGAUCGCCAUAUUUUCCAAGUCUUAUUGUCCGUAUUGCCGGCGUGCCAAGCGCAUAUUCAGCGAGCUCCAUCAACAACCUUUUGUUGUUGAGCUUGAUCUCCGAGAUGAUGGAACACAAAUUCAGGAUGUUCUUCUAGACCUUGUAGGUCGACAUACUGUCCCACAAAUAUUUGUGAAUGGCCAGCAUGUUGGUGGCUCUGAUGGAACGGAGACAUGGGAAUCAUCUGGAUGAAGUUAUGAUUAAGAGAAAUAAAGGAUAGAAAGAUUUGUAUGAAAGGAAAAAAGAAAAAGAAAAGAAAGAAAGGAAAAUGGAAAAAGAUAUACUUUGAGAGAAAGAACGUGCUCAGCAUUGGAAUGUGCCACCAACUUUCUAAUAAUGGGGUUCAUGGAGGGGAGCAAACUCCGCCCCAAUUCUUUGUCAAAGCCUUAUUUUUCUUUAAAUCUUUUAAAGCUAAGAGUCCUUUUUCCAUAAAUAUACAACAAAUAAAUAAAUAAAUACAUAA